AUGAAACAACCACUGUACAUCGCGAUUUAUGCCCUGUUGAUUACUUUGUGUUCCACGAAAGGCAACAGCAGCAACAACAAAACCGCUGGGAAAGAGGUAUAUUACAAAUUAAAACAAAAUUUUUGAGUUUCUAUUUCUGAUCGAACUUCUAGCCCAUCGCUUUGACAGUUUUAUCAAAUCUACAAGACACGUUUCCUGAUUACCAUAAACUGCCGCUUGUAAGCUCUGUGCUUAUACACCUUCGUAAGGUGUUUAAGCAAGGCUUAUUAACGGAGGCCGGCUUAUAUCUGAGGGAGAUUAUAACCGGUCGGACUAGAAAAAGGGCAUCGGCGUGAAACAAGCUAUAGCAGUGCUAACCAACGUACUUUUUGCAUUUACUGGUUUUAAAUUAAUCUUCACGAAAAAAGUCGGAUUCAUUUCAAUACAAUCUAGAGGAGGGGUUACAUCCGGGGGCUUAUAAUCGGAGGUUUUUUUGCUUACAUCUAGAUGGGCUUAUAAUUGGGGGACUUAUCAGUGAGGAAGGGGUCGAGGGUGGGGGGAGGGGGUUAUAAGCGGCAGUUGACGAUAUUCUUCUUUUAUGGGAUACAAGAUGGUCAGUAGCGGAUCCAAUAACUGGCCACACAAAUGAGUUCCUCUGUCGGGGACUCUCGGAACCACGACAUCAUACCCGCCAGUCAGAGAAUUAACUACUAUAACAAAAUGCGGAAUUCAACGGAGGCCGAAGGCCAUGAAGUUUUGUAAAGAAAGCUGUAAAGCACAAGAAGCUUUUGCGUAUUAUUAAAGUAAACUUUCCCCCUAAGUUUCAGUUUCAGCCGUUGAAUGUCCGUCGUGGGACGCAGACCCACUCCAUGAUCUCGACUGGACCACGUUUUGCGGGACAUGGUGCUAGCGUUUUAGGAAACUAUCUAAAUCGUUCCUCCAUCUCUUCCUUGAUCUUGCUCGGUUCCUUGUGUGCCCUCCUCACCUGAGGACAUAUAAAAUAUCCUCUCUCAGAAGUCAACAACCCCAUUGUUAUUUCUAAUCCUAUUUCCAAUCUUUAACACGUCUUAUUAAGAUAUAAGUGACAGCGACAACAGGAACGAAAAAAAAAUCAACAAAUAUUAUCAGGCUAUUUUUUUUGCGUUACCAAAAGCAGUUAGUCUGCUGAUUUAUUGACCAACUAAUGCGUUUAUGCUCCUUAAUAAUAGUGUGCACAACAGACUUCAUUUGGGUCAUGUUGUCAGAGUACUUGCUGCUCCGCACCAGGAAUUCCAGGGAUCCCAGGAAUCCCUGGACCCGCGGGACCACCUGGCAAUCGUGGACCUGAAGGACCCACAGGCCCAAGAGGAAACAAAGGUGAUGAAGGAUCUCGUGGAAAGCAGGGACCUAAAGGAGAUACAGGACCCUCGGGUUCGACGGGCCUACCAGGAAACAAAGGUAAACCGGGCAUCCCUGGACCCGCAGGACCAUCCGGUAAAGAAGGACCUAAAGGAACAAGGGGACAAACAGGAAACAAAGGGGACAAAGGAUCUCGUGGAACGCAAGGAUCUAAGGGAGACACAGGACCCUCGGGACCAGCGGGUAAAGCAGGAAGCAAAGGUGAACCAGGUGCUCGUGGUGUCCAAGGUCCACAGGGAACCCUCCGAAGUAAUUGGAAACAGUGUGUAUUUAAGAGUAUGAAUGAUGAAACAGACACUGGUUUUAUCAAGGUAAACACUUAACUCCCAAUAGAUUUAUGCCAGUGAAUGUUUCGCUCUUUGUCUUCGCAUAUGGGUGUGAAUCGUCCUGGCAGGAUUUCAUAUAAUCCUACAAAUAAACACGGAUAAAUAUGAUUGAACUGGGGAAAGUAAAGUCUAGACACUAAACGUACCCAUUUAAUAACUUACGAUUCAUAUCAACACUUUUUUUUCUCCUAAUCUUACAUUUUCUUAAAGGUUAUCAGAGUACUCAGGUUUAAAAUUUCUUUUAAUACUAUUUUAGGUAGUAAGUUGUAAUGAAUAUUGAUAUUUAUUGUUUGUUUUAAGACUUGUAAGGACCGUCAUUUAACAAUCGUUUAACAAUUGUUUAAAGCAAUGACAGAUAAAAAAGAAAAGAGGAAGAAGAUAAAUGUUACAAAGCUUCACGAGGCCGUUAGGCCAUUAUAACAAUUUUCAAUUUAAGCGUUAUUUUAAUAAUUCCAUAGGAAUGUAUUUUCAAGAAAACAUCCGACAAUACAGCCUUGCGUGUCUUCUGGAAUGGCGAUUUCCGUGUCGGUAACUGCCACAAUUGCUGCAAUCGGUGGUAUUUUACCUUCAAUGGUGCAGAAUGCUCGUCCCCGGCAGCCAUUGAUGGUAUAUUUUUAAUGUAUCAGGGCACUAGCUGGCAGAAAAAUCCACAUCGCCGACGUCACAUUGAAGGAAUCUGCGAGAAGCUCCGUAAGGGCACGGUCCGCGUGGGAUUCUGGGUCGGUAAGUGCGUGGGUAAAAAAACUGGAGACGCAGCUACAGGCUGGAACUCAGUCUCCAAAAUCUACAUAGAAGAGGUGGCUCCCCCACAGUCGUAA